GAAGUUUCACUUUUCAGUCUUGGUUUUCAAUUUCGUGUUUUUGUGCAAAAAAGCUCAAUAGGCGGAUGAUGAAAGCAAAAAACCUUUUAGUUAACAAACGUUCGCUUGUCGCGAGUCCGUAAGUGGAAACAGGACUGUGUCUAAACAUGUCUUCCUCGGAGGUAGAAAGUCGAAAUAUAACAAUACAAAUGCGAAAAUCUGUGGAAAACCUGGUUCUAUCUUCACAAGAUGCAAUAGGGCAGAGUAUCAGUCAAGCUCUGAACUUUUCUGGAGUGAUAUCGCAGCACACGUCCCAACUCAUACAGGACAGCAAAAACGUGUCCCGCGCGCCAUCGCCCUCCCCUCGCAACUUUGAAAGCGCCACAGAAACUCUGGACAAUGACAAGACGUCGACGCCGAAUCCUCGCGGCCCCGAUGCCACCAGGACCAAGAAGAAGAGCUGGUACAACUCUCUGUACCCCACGUACAAGAACAAGCUGGACGACUUCAAGAGACUGUUCAAGGACUUGCCCGACGACGAGAGACUUAUUGUGGACUACUCGUGCGCGCUACAGAAGGACAUCCUGGCGCAGGGGCGGCUGUACGCGUCGCAGAACUACCUGUGCUUCUACGCGUACAUCCUGGGCUGGGAGACCAGCCUCACUCUGCGGUGGAAGGACGUCACCGCCAUCACCAAGGAGAAGACUGCUCUCGUCAUACCCAAUGCCAUCCUGGUGUGCACGGACAAGGACAAGCACUUCCUCACGUCCAUCUCCAGCAGGGACAAGGCCUACCUGAUGCUGUUCCGGAUCUGGCAGAACGCGCUCAUGGACCAGCCGCUCACCAGCCACAAGAUCUGGCAGUGGGUGCACAGCUGCUACGGCGAGGAGCUGGGCUUCAACUCCGACGAGGAGUACAUGAGGGAGGGCGCCGACGACGCGGCAGCACCGCCCGACCUCGCCGAUAAGGAGUUGUUGGACUCGUCUUCCAUGGACGCGAGCGGAGGCGGAGACGGCAGAGGAGACAACAAGAGCAGCAGGUCGGCGUCGCGCGGACGGGACUCCUCACCGCCGCUGGUGACGAACGGGGACGCGGAGGAGAGGGACGAGGGGGACGCCCUCCCCACGGACAUGUCGGACACCAGCGAGAGCGAGCCCGACAAACCCAACAACGGCGCGGAAAUGGAACAGUGCACGGAUCCCCAUGACGGUAAGCUGAUCCUGAGCGGCAAGUUCCCCUUUAACAUCGACACGCUCUUCACCAUGAUCUUCACAAACUCCAAGUUUCAACUGGAGCUACUCGCCGAGAGAGGAACGUCGGACUACGUCGAGUCUCCGUGGCAAGUGCAAAAUGGGCGUAAGUUCCGACAGACCAGCUACAAGCUGAGCCUGUCCACCGGACCCAUCGGGCCCAAGGAGGUGCAGGUCACGGAGACCCAGGUGAUGAACAAGUGCUCGAAGCCGGGCGUGGUGUACUCCAUCGAGUGCCAGAGCGAGAACUCCGGCAUCCCGUACGCCGACCACGUGACGGUGAUCGUGCACUACUGCCUGCGCCGCGCCGCCGACUGCGCCACGCACCUCGCGCUCUACGCCACGCUGCGCUACCGCCGCUCCAUGUGGCCCCUCGUCAAGGCGGUCAUGGAGAAGAGCACCAUGGCGGGCCUGGACGAAUUUAGUAGGCUGCUCGAGGCGCGACUCAACGCUGAGGCGGAGAACGCGGCCCCCGCCACCAGGAAGGCCAGGAGACACCGGCGGGCCACCGGGAGCUAUGCAGUAUCGGUUCCCCCCGCAUUGUCGGUCCCCCCUCGGGCGCCAUCUCCUCCCCGCGCCCCGCCUGCCCCCCGCUGGCCGCUGGUGGCCCUGCUGCUGCUGCUGCUCCUCAAUGCAUUGCUGUACUGGAGACUCUACCACACCGAUACUACACAAACCAUCGGCGUUCAUCACUUCCAAGACAGAGCGGAGGGGGCGGCGGAGCGCCAGGCGGCGGCGCAGCGCCACCAGCUGCGGGCCUGGGCGCGCGCGCUGCACCGCGCCGCAUACUCUCUCGCGCAGACCGAGCAAGCCCUGAUGAAGGUUUUGGAAACUAUCAAGCCCACUCUAGAAAAGGUGCGGCAGGAGUCACAAGACAAAACCGAACUUUAAAAGCGACGAGCAUGAAAUUAGGUAACAAAUGGAUUCAACAAGCGUGUCUGUCCUGCUCUGUGGGGGUGACUGGCGCUACCGCGUUCUGCCGCGAACUGCCGCCAUCCGUGUGUUGGUGCUGUGCCAUCACUAAUAGAACUGCUCUUGUCGCUUCAAGAUAUACUUUCCACAUAACCAGUAUGAUAUGAAUUAUAUUUUUUUUUUCUGUUGAUUGCACAAUCCACACAAUAAUUAGUACUACGGCCAACUUAUUAGAAUCAUCUACCGGACAACAUAGAGUAUACGACUGUAUAAACACAAGCAGGAUUGACAUCAGGUGGUAUCUCUAAACUUCGUUUUUAUCGAUUUUCUAAACGCUCAUAAAACCAUCCCUUUUACGUUUGUGAGAUUUCAACAGGAGUGAAAGGGAUGCAACUAUGGUUAUAUUUUAGUUACCAAAAAGAAUUUUUCAUCUUGUCCAUGAAGAUAAACACGAAUAUCCCAUAGAAGAAACGCAAUAAUAGAGUAGUUCAGGAAUUAAUGUGAAUUAAUAAGCUCAAGGAAUGAAAUAAUUAAAUAUAAAACUGUAUUACAGAAAUAUUUUUUAACUCACUUACGUUUUUUCAUGCAAACCGAGUUUCAUUAUAGAACUAGUAGGGCGAGUAUGAACAGUGACGUCAUUGUUCAAUACACUGUCGUCUGACGUGAGAUUUCGAAGCUAAAUUUCCUUAUUUGUGAACAGUUCCUGUCUUCGUUUUCAUUGAUUAUUUAAUUUGUUUUUUCUUUUAUUUGUCUUUUAUGAGACAAAACCAGUCGGACUGCGAUGGUCCUUGGGCAGCUACAUAGGUUCCGCCAACGGCAUAGACCCUGCUUUUGUGAAAGUCUGUUACUCACGGGCCUAUUUAGAGUCACGGAAUUUGUUGAACAGUAAACAAUCUAUUACCAAUUUUACGUGACCCCUUCAUUUAUGGUGGUCAUUAAAAACUAGAUGUGUACCGGCUAAAUGCGUGACGGUGUAGGUAGGGUUAUUAUCAGUCCGUCACGAGUGAGGCUGCUAAGUGUCGACACUAAACAAAUUAACCCAAAAUCCGGUUACAUCUAGACUUUGUGACGUCUACUCGAUAGUUGGGCGGACAUCACCAGCACUAAACAGAACUCGGUGCGAUGUCGUCAAACUAAACCGCGGUGACGUGUCUCUCUUGGACCCGUUAAUGCGAUUCUAUAUUCCUUUUGCCUUAGAUAAUUUAGUUUCAAGAUUCACCGAUCCUCCCUAGAAUUUAUCUUCCUGUCUUAAAUUAGACGGCAUUUAUUUUAUUUCAAUGCUACGAGGAGAGGAUGGACAACGGCAAUUAAAACUUACAAUUACCAUUAGAAUUCGUCUCUUUAUCUAUAUUGAUGUCUUGUAUUUUAUAAUAUAUUCAUAAUUGCAUAAUUAUUUAUAUUUAAAUCUUUAAUGACGUUCAGUCGCUGUAAACAAUUACAUUUUCCUCUCUCGUUAAUUAUAUAGAUAGGCUCGUUAUGAAUCCUCGUAGGUAAUUUCCCACUGUGAUAAAAAAAAAACUGUAUUAUAUAAAAAUAAAUUUCUAUAAUAGUACUAUGACGGUCAUACGACGCAUAGCGUUGUGGCGUGGCUGUAUUGUCUGACAGGUGACACUGCUCUGACAGCUGACAUUUAUAAGCGUUAAAUCACAUUUAGUUUUCUUUAUAUUGUGUGCGUCUUAUUUGUUUUAGGUAAAUCAACAGAGAUCCUGUCAUCAAACAUUCUUAGCUACUCGCUUAAUUUUUAGUGAAUAUCUGUGACCUUGCUCGUUCACGAAGCCCGCUAUAGAAAGCAGAGUAUUAUAUACACUUGACAUUGGCGAAAUCUAUAAGGAAACGCCAUAAACCUAAGAGAUAGAUAGAUAGAUAGUUUUCUUUACGUUUGGCAUAUUGGCUAAAUAUCAUCAUUCGAUCGUAGCAAUUAUUCUUGGUAGGUACUUAAUAAUACAUAACCUAAGUAACUUACUCGAUAGGCAAUCAAAAUUGCUUGCCAGCAAAAUCUAUAAAUGUGAUUUGAUGUUUAAAUGAUGUUAGCUGUCUCUGUUUUUCGCAAUGGGAUGCUGUGGACCUUGUGAAAUGUAGACAAUACGGGUAACAGCUGUUUGUCAAUAUAUUCUGCUUUGUGAAUGUGAGCUGCUGUAUGAUACACCCUUACCGACGAUAUUUGUGGCCGCUGGAUGUCUAUAGGGUGGGGGGUACUUAGUUAAUCAAUAAGUUGCAGUGCUGCCAGCUUUCUUAAAAGAACUUCUAAAAUUUUGCGUGUAGUAUAAUGUUGCCAAGUUAAAUAAAUUAAAUCUUAAGUAAUUUUAGUAGGUUUAGAAGAUAACUUUCAGUGUUAGACUGUAUCUGAUAGUUGUAGUUCAGGAAUCUAACAUUGUUCAAAAUCAUUGCACUAUAAGCUUCAAAAUAAUAGACAGAUCACUACCGUUUUAACCUAAACUUUUAUUUUCAAUGAAGACGAUGCGCGAUCGGAUAUGAAUUCCUACCUAGUUAGUGUGUAUUAAUUUUAAUUUCGUACAUUUUACGUUAAGUUUAUUGACAUUGAAAGGAAUUUAAAAGAUUUUAUCGUUUUAUUAAAAUUUGAAGUUUCCGCUGUGGAUGUAUUACUUGUUUGAUUUUUGUGGUAUCGGCGCACGGCAGCUUUCUUUGGGAGUGGCAAGAGUAGUGGCGUGCGAAUCGAACCACACUAAAUACCUCAUCGCACGUAACUCUCGUCCGGUUCCCAUGGGGACACAAUACGACCCGAAAUGAGAGGGAUUUUUUAGAGUUCUAGGCAUUCUAAACUUAACGGAAGUUUCAUAAAAAUAUUUUAUUAAAACACUAUAAUGCCAAACAUUGUGGGGUUUACCCUACUAAACUAAUCCUUAACUAAACAAAUUUAAAGUAUAAUAGCAAAAGAAACUUCAGUCAAGAACAGUAUUUUACAAAGAACCAGUAAAAAUACUGUCUAGAUAUCACAAAACUCGACUGUCAGGAGGUAAAGACAGUUUUAUUACUUGAUUUAACUUUACUAAAAGUCCAAAGUGUUGAAACGUCAAGCGAACUUCAAAUGUAAAAUCGUGAUUCCCGCCAAUAUGUCAAAGAAUAGGUACAUAAUUCCUAAGAUUUUAGUAUUAAAUCGAAAGCGGUUUUCGAAAUUUUCUUUCAUAUUUACAAUUAAUAUUAAGUUUAAGUCUAAACGUACAAUAAGCGUAUUAUUUUACAUUUUGAUCGGUUGCAUUUUUAAAACAAUGUUUGUAAACCAAAAUGUUGGCGCUAAUAGUUUGAAUGUUUCCUAUUAAUAAUAUUAAAUACGUCACGUAUCCACAUCGGCUUUGGAUAAACAAUUAGUUUGUCAAAUCUUUGCGGAACUAUUAAAUUAUAGUUCCGUACGGUUCUAGUUUGUUCAUCAACUAAUAUUGAGCCCAUCAUUAAGCAUGUAAUCUCUUAUAAACGGGAACUGAAAUGCAGUAACGUCGAUAGCAUAAUUUUAUUAUGGUUCAAGGUUUUUCCAUGGGGGUCAAAAACUUAUCUCGGUAUUUCGAUAGUGAUGAGCGGAGCCCCGUUUUAAUAUUCGCCCAAAAAGUAACAGGGCGUCACCUAUGGUGUCAAUAAUGUUUUUUUUUAAUAAUUAGGUUUUAUUAUUAUUUUUCAUUUUAAUAGUUACGCUCUUCGAAAUGCGUAAGUUAUUUAUUAUUUAAUAGAAUCAUCUACAAAAACGCGACGAACUACGGGAAAGUUCUUUUCUAACCAAAAACAUUAAUCAUAACGAGUUUAAAUUUAUAAUCGUAUAGUAAACCGGGAUAGGGAAUAGACGAAUCGUCGAUUUCAAGAGCAAAAAAGCAGAAGGUCUGCUCUUGUACCCAAUACAGUGGCGGUUGUCUUCUAGAAAGAAAUCAUCAUCAAUCGGUUCUUCAGAAAUGCGGGUGCGCUUAUUGGCCCUCGACGUUUUGUUCACUUUACAUUACAGGCUCGGGAAACAUUUACAUGGCAAAUGUCGUGAAUAUAUAUUUUAGUUUAAUGUCGAGAUAUUUGGCUAAAACUGCUUUGACUUCAAGAUCAUUCUCUUCAGCUCUGUUUAGAAAAAAAAAGCAAAUAUUAAACGGUAAAAUAGAUAGAAAGUGUUAAAUGAUGUUAUUUGAAUAUAGAAACGUAGGUAAAUCAUGAAUUAAUUUUUCAUGAUUUUUUUAUUAAUUACGUUGUAGUUUUGAUCUCUGUAUAAAGUAUAAUAGUUUAAUUUUUAGGUUAUUUUUUUUACUUCGGUGCUUUAGUGUUGUACAUAUAUGUAUAUUAUUAUAAUACUUAAUUGAAUAAUGUAUUAUUAUUAUUAUUCGUCAAUUAUGAUGAUUUCGUAUUUAAUUAAUUUCGUAUUAAAUCCGACAUUUCAAUUUUUUAUUGUAAAGAAAAUAUGAUGUAUUAAAAAUUCUAUAUUUAUACAUACAUACGUAAAUGUUUUCUAUUAUGGUUUAAAAUUAUCUGAUCAUUUUUAUGAAUAAAGGGAUACCUAUCCAUAUUUAAUUAAGUUUUCUUUUUGAAAUCUUUAACCAAGUUAAAUAUUGAUAGAUGUAACUUACCCAUGUAAUGGUAGCAAGCAACACCACUUAUAAUUUUAUAUAGAUUAGACACAAAUUGAAGAAAUAUACAGAAAUAGAAAUAAAAAUGUACUCGUUAAAUUUUGGAUAGAAUAAAGAUUAUGUACUUUGUCUUUUCAUUAUAUAUUUAUACAUUUGUGUGAUCAUGGAAAAUUGAUUUUGUCACAAGUUGGCACACAUAUUCUAUAAAAUUUCUUUCGAUAUCCAUACAUUAAAGUACAUUCAUUGUUGUAUCAUAGUUCAACAUGCGUAACUAUCAACUAAAAUAUAUUAACAAAACUGUAGUAGAUUUGAAAUUAUAAAAUAUUAUUAUAUUUACAAGAGUAUACAGUAAGUACGUCAUUCCAAAUUAUAUAGUAAGUAUGUUUAGAUAUGAAAUAUUAAUAUAUUAUAUAAAUUUGAUAAGUCAGAAGAGCAUAAAAUAUAUAGUUGAAGUAAUAA